AGGAUCGCCGAUGUCACUUCAGCGAGCUUUUGUUUUGCAUACGCCAGCCUCACUCAAAUGGACCGCAGCCCAGGAAAAGAGCCUGAGCAGAGACUACCCGUUUCAAGAUCAUGAUCCAACAGACCCAGCCCUCUUUGUCCAGCGCACUUACCUUCACUUCCUAUGGCUUCCUCAUUCAAUAAUGCCGCUCUCUCUCUUUAUUCCAUCUCUUCUCCACAUACGAGGCACUCCGGAUCUCGCAGAAGACCAGCCACAUCCUCUUCACGCCUUUAUCGAGCCUCUCCUUCUUUCUCUUCGCGCAGCCGCGAACAAGUACCAUAAUGAGCUUCCUCAGAUUCUCGCAGACGGAGGCGGUGCAGGUGAAGCAGAGGAGAGCAUGAUGUGGUAUGCUUUGGGGUACGAGAAAGUCGAUGGCAGCGCAGAGCGUGGCGAACACCUCACCGGAGAAGACAGCGCGAUGCUAGAAGAGAAAUGGAGGUCAGGUUGGCUCGAGCGCAUGGAGCAGCGUGAAGUUCAGAUUCAGAUCCUGCUUUAUUUUCUCAAGCUCUCUCUUCCUGGACCAUGCACUCCAUUACCACCUGUCGAAGUGCCACCCACGGAUAAUAUUUCAUUUAUUUCGCCCGUCAAACCCAGCCGUUCAUGGAAAAAGAAGAAGGAAAAGCCAAACUUAAUCAUCCCGUCUUCGAUCGAGCGCCUCGAGUCAUUCAUGGACAAACUCUCAAUGUGGCAGCUCGUAUCACUUAUGAAUAUAUCGCGCACUGAGAUUAUGAUCCACAACAAGAAUGAACGUGACUGGAUGCAAAAGUUUUGCGAGGACGUAGUUGGACCACUGUUCAAAUCGAAACUCCCGGAGCAAUGUGCCCUCCUCCGUUCCAAACUCUUCCCAAACUCUCCCUUCUCCGACGAACCCCCUUCUCCCGGACCAUCAACAGAGAAAUCACUCCAUGGGUCUCGCUCUCAUCAUUCAUCGUCGGCCGCAACAGGCUCACAAAGUGGUGUAGCGACAAGGGCCCCUGCUCGUACUCGCUCGCUGUCCGUAUCGCUCGCCCAGGAAAAAGAAAAGGAACGUGCAGCAAGCGUAGGCGCAACGCAGGACAAGGCACUCCAGCGUGCGCUAACCCGACAGAUCAGCAUGUCUCGUACAUGGAAGGGAAAGGAUCGGUCGACAGCUACGGUGUCACAAGCAGAUAUAAAAAUGCCUGCUGCAACUGCUAAGCGUAUCAUUGAGCGCACCAAUUCCCAGUCCCAAUCCUCCCAAUCUCGCGCAGCGCCAGCGAUCACCCUCGUAACAGCAACGCCUGUGAAGAAACCGCCUCCCCGUGCCAAGUCAAAUGCGUCAGCUCGGAGUUCGAGUCCUAUACCUAUUGCUAGGAGUUCGAGCGUAGUUACCACAGGGAGGGGUUCAAGUCCACACCUCACCGGGCGAUCUUCGAGUCCUCCGAUUGCGCGGAGCUCGAGUCUUACGCCGCUUGACACAGAUGACAACGAGCUUCCUGGCGCAUCUGUCCCUUUACUUGACUUCUCCUCUGACAGCCUGGGCAAUGUAAUGGAGGAAGACGAGGAUGCUGAGGGCGAAACGUGUCUGCCAAACUCUUCGCCUGAUGUGUUGCUGCUUGGAAAGUGCGGGUGGGGCAUAAGUGCCAAGAAACGCGUUCCGUCGGCUGUUCUGAAUUCAAAUACCCCUGUUAGGAAGCGGAUAAAGUUGGGGAGGUAGGAACGUUAGUUUGUGCUGCGAGAGGUGAAGUGCGAGGCAGGUAGUAUGACUCGUGUCUAUCGAUUUCUGGGCCUUUGGACUGUAGCAUAGCCGCAUCCAACGGAUUACGGUACGCAUGAACUCUCGUAGUUCUUGUUCGCACAGGAGUCUCGCAUACACGACCGCUAUUUUUCGCCGCUGAUGUCCUAGGUGCAGCGCCUUUGACGGCCAUGGGACAACUAGGGCGUAUCACAUGUGUCACCGUACGGGAUUGGUUAUCUUCCUUUUACACCUACGGAACACUUUACGUAAGGGCCAAUAUUAAUGUCACUAGGGGUUCGCUGUGCGCACUUAU